ACCUAUUUUAAAUCGGCACACAGUCAUUGCACCUGCUCUUAAUUAUCAGUUUUCUCUCUUCCGAAAAAUAAAUAAUCAUUGAUGCCAGAGCACAUGGCUUAUAUGAGGGUGGUAGGUAUGUAGCUACGCGGUGAAUUUGUUGCAUUUCUUCGGUGUCUGGUUUGUAUUAUCCUAUCCUGAGAGGUAAUUUCGAAGAACGCCGACCUCAAGUAGACGAAAACGAACUCGAUCGACGGUCCCCGAACGAUUCUGACCAGCCGGCGUGCGUUAGUUGCGUGUUGUCGUUCGACGGGAGCAGGUACGCUUUUUUCUCGCUUUCGGUUGUUUUAUGUUUUCGCGGCAACUGAAUUUUAGUGUUAGAAUGUGUGUUUUUAGUUUUUUAAUGGAUUGACCUGGAAUGAUGCGGAGUAACAAAAUGCUGCGUUCAUUUAUAAUAUUGUUAUUGACUGGUACAUGCUGUGCUUUUCAACACGAGGCGAUAGAAUCUGAAGAUGAAAUUCCUCCGCAUGGACGAUGUCAACCAAUAAGCAUACCGUUUUGUACAGGUAUAGCUUACAAUGAGACGAUAUUACCGAAUAUACUGGGUCAUCAAACCCUCGAAGAAGCUGGAAUGGAGAUUCAUCAAUAUUUCCCUCUGGUCAAAAUAAAUUGCAGCCCUGAUUUGCAGUUUUUCUUGUGUUCUGUUUUUGUGCCAGUUUGUACUAUUUUGGACCACGCGUUGCCUCCUUGCAAAUCGUUGUGUGUAUCUGCUAGAAACGGUUGUGAAGGUAUAAUGCAGAGGUUCGGAUUUCAGUGGCCUGAAUAUAUUAAUUGUGAUAAUUUUCCCGAGCCAGGCCAACUUUGUGUUGGUGAAAACAAAUUGACUGUAACUCCUAAUCCACAUAAUGAGGAGUUUUCCAAAUAUCCUGUUACGAAGAAGUGGUCUCCGUAUCAUGGAAAAAAUUACGGGUUUGUUUGCCCUGAACAGUUCAAAGUGCCUGAAGUUUUAGAAUACUCAUUCAAAGUAGCGGAUAAAGUAGAGGGAAAUUGCGGUGCUCCCUGUCACUUAAUGUUUUUUGAAAAGAAUAGAAAUUUUUCAAGAAUCUGGAUUGGUACUUGGGCAAUUCUGUGCUCGGUCAGUUGUUUAUUCACUGUAUGCACUUUUCUGAUUGAUACUGACAGAUUUCGUUAUCCAGAAAGACCAAUAAUUUUUUUAUCCGUUUGCUACAUGAUGGUCGCAAUAGCCUACGUAAUAGGUUUUGUGGCAGGAGAUAUGAUCGCCUGUCAAGAGCCUUAUCCUAGUAAACACGGGAUUGUAACGGAAAGUACAAUAACGCAAGGAACGAAAUACGAAUUGUGCACCAUACUUUUUAUGGUUCUCUAUUUCUUCAGUAUGGCCUCCAGCAUUUGGUGGGUUGUGUUGACUUUAACGUGGUUUUUAGCGGCUGGACUAAAGUGGGGACACGAAGCUAUUGAAGCUAAUUCGCAAUAUUUUCAUCUAGCAGCAUGGGCAAUACCUGCCAUCAAGACCAUUAGUAUUUUAGCUAAAGGAAAUGUUGACGAAGAAGAAAUCAAUGAACGGAUUGAUUUUGACAAAGAUGUAACGAUCGUAGAAGAGAUGAGGUCAUAAUUCAAAUUGAUAAGACCUCAAGAGGCACAAAAAAAACAAGAGUAGUGAGGAAAAAAUGUCAUCACCUGCGCUAAUGUUUCUGAAGCCUAAAAUACAUUUGUGAAAUUUACUAAAAGCAACAAGAACUACGACAUUACAGAAGGAAUGAAUCUUUACAUCCUCCAGAACAGUUUUUGUUAAUUAAGGGCUCAUUGUAAGAAGCAUAUUGACAUUAAUACUUUGUUCUCAUAGAUCUCGGUGCAAGAAUAAAUCUGACCCGCUAUUAGUAUAGAUACUAUGACUUUCUGUUUCGACUCAGACAGAACUAUG